AUGGCAUCUGCCGCCUCAGCUCUCUUCGCCACGGCGCUCGUCAUGGCGCUCAUGCUCGCCGGCAGCAGCAUUUGCCAUGCUGCACGCUUCCUUGCCGAAUCGACUUCGGCAGCCACUCCUGCCGCCGUGCCUGCCGUGCCUGCGGUGCCUGCCGCGGCGGCCUUGCCACCGCUUCCCGCGGUCACCGUGCCACCGAUGCCCACGGUGACGGCGGUCCCCACGGCGACCCUCCCGCCGAUGCCCACGGUGCCCACAGUACCAAACGCCGCGCUGCCCCCUAUGCCGGCCGUCCCCGCCGUGCCCAAGGUGACACUGCCGCCGGUGCCCGCCGUGCCUAAAGUGACACUGCCACCAAUGCCCUCCAUCCCGGGCGUGCCGAAGCCAUUCUUGGCGCCACCUCCUUCGGCAUAA